AGAAGGCAUCGGGCUGAGAGGCCAAAUCUGUUCAUCCAAUAUAUUAAGAUGUCAAUGCGCUGUUUUUGAUCUGCGCAUGGGAUUAUGUCUAUUACCGUUAAGCAAUGAAUAUAUAUUAGUCCAAUCGUUCCCUCUCAGUUCGUGACGCUCUUACAUUAAAAAGUUCUGACUUUGCAACGAAGCUGACUGGUGAGUUAAACAUAUGGAUUGAAAUGAACAAUUCCUACUGGCAUCUUUUCUUUGUCCUAUUGGCAAAACAACGGCCUCUUUUAAUUUCCUACCAUGUUCUGAACGAACAUCCUGGUUCCUCUAUAUAAGUAAUUUCUCAGAAGGUUAGCGGAGCGCUCUUGUGCUUGGAAGCAGCGUAUAGCCCCAAAAGCGAGUUCAUCAGCCCUUCAUUCUACCUAGGAAAAGAAGUAACUGAAAUUGGGGGUUGUACUCUUCCAAAUUUCUGUUAGUUCUUUUUGUUUGAAUUCGGGAGACAAAUUUGGUGAUCGCUUUGCUCGUAACAGAUGUUAAGAAGACAAAGAUCAAGAAGAGGAGCUAGCUAGGUAGUCUGAUCAUUGGGUAGAAAGAUUUGAGAAACAAAUCAAGGACCCAGUGCUCAACCUGGCUAUGGACGACAUCGUUGGAAUAUUGAAGGGAGCAGCUGGUCUUGCUGCCGAUGCCAAUGCCUUCCGUGAGUUCUUCAACUGGGCCGCACCACGUGUCUUGGCUGCCGUACGUUCUCAGCAGCAGCAGCAUCUGCUGCAAGUGGAUCCAGGAGGGGUAGGAUCAGCAUCAGCUAGAGACAACAGAACAGCUCCACUGCACCAGAUUGAGGAUGAUCUUCAGAAUCUCGAGAACGACCUAUGGCUGAUCCAAUCAACUACAUCCACAAUGUAUGACCUCAUCGAUCGUCUUGAAUGGCAUAGCCACAAGGAUACAGAAGACUGGCAUCUUCGCCAGAUCAAGGAUGUAGCGUACGAUGCCGAGGACCUCCUUGAUGAGUACAAUUACUAUGCUCUCAAGGUGAAGGUGGACACGAGCAAGAACUUGGGGCAAGAUCACUCGCAUGAACCCUUUUUGGAGUUCCUGAACAGUGUCAACUUCAGUAAAGUAAUGAAAAUCAAAAAUAGACUAAAGCAGGUUUUUGACCAAUCCAAGGGUUUAGGCUUUCACAAAACACCAAAGAAGUUUGAUCGAUUAGUCAGACCAGAGACAUGCCGUGUCCUAGACGAGCCAGAUGAGAUAUUUGGUCGUGAAAAAGAACUGAAGGAGUUGAAGCAAAAGCUAGGAGUACGUGGACGCAAGAGAGGCAGACCUGUGGCAUGCAGCACUACAGCUGAAGCAAGGAGGACAGAGUUGCCUGUGCUGCCAAUAGUUGGUAUGGGCGGCAUCGGGAAGACCACCAUGGCACAACAAAUCUGUGAGGAUAGAGUGGUGCGGAAUCACUUCGACUGCAUACUCUGGAUAUGUGUCUCGGAUGAAUUCGAGGUAAACAGGUUAACAAGAGAUGUUCUGAAGUCUCUUGGAGUAAAGUCACAAGAUUCUGAUACAAGGGAUACUCUUAUGGUUAAUUUACGUGAUAGUGUCAAGUCAAAGAAGUUUUUACUCGUCCUUGAUGACAUGUGGGAUGAUGUCUUAAAAGAUGAGAGAGGAUGGAGAACAUUUCAUAGAACUUUAAGCAAUGGUCUUCAGGGCAGUAUGAUUUUGGUCACCACUAGAUCUUCCAAAGUUGCUAACCUAGUCAGCAACAGUGAUCCCUAUGAGCUCAACGGACUGCAAAAUGAUGUUUUCUGGGAUUUCUUCAAACUAUGCGCAUUCGGAUCCAACAGCUCUCGCAAUAGCCCAGAGCUGGAGCACAUUCGUCCAGAGUUGGAGCGCAUUGGUAGAGCUAUACUUCCCAAGUUGAAGGGUUCACCUUUGGCUGCCAAAACUCUUGGACGCUUGUUGAAAAGUAACUUAAGUGUAGAGCACUGGGAGGACAUAUUGAGAAGUGAAUUGUGGAAAUUGGAACAAGAGGAGACUGACAUUUUGCCAGCCCUUCGACUGAGUUACGUUUACCUACCACGACACAUGAAAAGAUGCUUCUCAAUAUGUGCCCUGUAUCCAAAGGAUCAUAAAUUUGACAAGGAGUUUUUAGCAGACAUUUGGGUAGCACAAGGGUAUGUGGAGGCUGAAGAUGCAUCAUCUUGCUUUAAUGACCUUGUAAAUCGGUCAUUCUUUCAGAAAGCAGCUGGCUAUAGUGAUAUGUACGUAAUUCAUGACUUGAUACAUGAUACUGCACAGCUAGUCUCCAAGGAUGAGUGCUUCAUCAUACAACAUGUGAGUGACCUAGCUAAAAUCCCAUCAAAGGUUCGCCAUCUGUCAAUAUUCACCAAGGGAAAUAUCAGCUGUACAGAAAUAGUGACUAUUUGCACACAAAAUAAAAAACUGCGGUCCCUAAUAUGCAAUGAAUCUUACCGAAGUAUUAAACAAUUCGCUCCCGUGAUUGAUUGUUGGUUCAAGGAACUCCCGAGUAUCCGUGUAUUGAUUUUUAAAUUUUCAACGGUGAGAAAGUUACCUGAGAGCAUAGGCAACUCAAAACAUUUGCGUUACCUUGGUUUAUUGGGAAGUUCUACUUUCGAGACCCUUCCUUCAUCUGUUAGUUGCCUGUAUCAUGUCCAGACUAUAAAUGCCAAGGGUUGUGUUUUCAAAAGAUACCCUCAAGGUUUCAGUGAUCUGAUUUCCUUAAACAAAAUUGAAUCAAAGGGCUUCCAAUUUAACAAGGUUAAAGAUAAGCAAUUCCUAGAAUGGUCCACAACGGAAAUAGCUGAUGAACAAUUACAGAUGACAGAGGAGCAGAUUGAAUUGUUACCUCAUUGGAAUCUUGAGCAUUUGAUAAUAAAGAAUUACCUAGGUCAAUCUUGCCCCAGCUGGCUCCAGCCAGACUGCCUGAAAGUGCUGACUUCACUUGAACUUUAUGGGUGCAGGAACAUUCAGAGCCUAUCAUUCUUUGACCCACUCUUUUCUGAUUUAGAAGAGUCAAACAGCAUUUAUCACCUUGAGGUGUUGGAUGUCCACCAGUGUCCUAACAUUGAUUGGCAAGGUUUGGUGGCUUUACCCUCUUCUCUUAGAAGGGUUACCCUUGGCAACUUUGGCCAUUCGACAGAUCACUUUGUGAGUUGCUUUCGUGGCCUCUCCCUCCUGACACAUCUGGAAAUACAUUGCUGGUUCUUAACAUCUAUUCCCCUGCAAGUUUGGAUGAGUAAUCUUCCAUCCUUGGAGAAUUUGCGUAUUGAUAAUUGUGGCUCCCUCACAUCCAUCUGUGUCUCUGAGGCAAGCAACAUACACACUGUUGGAGUAUUUUCAUCCCUUUCAACAGUCACCAUUUCGUUUUGCAAUGCACUGUUGAGUCUUGAUGAGUUCUUUAUGCCCGCUUAUAUGCCUUUCGUGAAGACCAUUGAUGUGUUAUUUUGCAAGGAAUUAGCAUUACUGCCAGUUCAUGAGCUCCACCUUUUUUCUCGCUUGGAGAAGCUAUGUAUUAGAAACUGUCCCAAGUUGAAUAUGCAGAGGAGAAUGACAUUACCAUCCUCUCUUCGGAUGCUCAGCUUAUUACUUUGUCCAAGCAUAGAGUACAUCGACAACAGCCAUCUGGCGAGUGCAAUGAAACUCAAGGGACUUAGCCUUCAACUUAUGAGGUGUCCAGACCUCAUCUCUAUUGUUGGUGCUAUAUCUGUCUCUGAAAUAGUGCAGGGUCGUAUAGAAGAUUGCCCCAAGCUGAUGGAGAUAACACAACCUUUUAAGGUCAUGACUGGCCAUAAAUAAUGAUGAGCGUUCAAGAUGAUUUCAGAUGCAAACAGCACAGAACAUGCCAACGUAAGUUAUGUUGGGGAUCAGGGAGAAUCAUCUCUCAGAAUAUAUAUCUGGUAAUAUACUGUGUUAUUGUGUAUUGGAUCGAGAGAGCCAAAAGAAAGUGCAGCCUGAUCAGACCAUGGGUAGGCUAGGAGAUGAGAAUCUCAAGAACUGAAUUUGUGGGUGUUACCCCGAAAUGUGUAUUUUUUUUGGAUGAUACCCCAUAGUUGAUGUGGAGAUUUACAUGGAAGACUAUUAUAUACAUACUAAAAAAACAUGUGUGUUGCAUCAGGAAAAAUAAUAUUAUGAUAAAACUUAGAUUAUUCAGGUUCAAUUAAU